AUGGCGGAGGUCUCAAAUCUCCACGGCUUCAACCACAGCCAACCACAGCAGCAACAGCAAACCAGAAUCCCAAUUUCCAACCCCACCACUGGGGCCCGUGAAGAAGAAGAAGAAGAAGAAGAAGAAGAAAUCUUUGAGCACAAUCCGUUUGUCAUCGAUUUGGAUUCAUUAUCCCCUCCUAAUAAUGCGAACCCCACUUUCUUUAUACAUGAUGAUUACGACAAUACCUUCAAUUUCGGUUUCGAUUUAAAUAUAGAACCCGAAAAUUGGGGUUCUGAAUAUGCGGAUUCCUUGGCGGACCCGAAUUGCUUUUUCUGUGUAGGGGGGGAAGAUGAGGAUGAUGAGGAGCAGAUGAAUUUUUUUACUGAUCCGUUCGAGUCUCGUGAAGCCCAUUUUCCAGACCACCCGAUUUGGGAGUUCGAUUCGGGUCUCUCGGAGGAUAGGGGCAUGGAAUCCGGGUUCGGACCAGCUCUGGUGUCAGCAGCGGAGGUUUCCUCGCCAGUGGGGCUUAGGGUUGUCGGUAUGGAUUCGGAAUCUGAUUCCGAGGAAUUCGAGGUAAAUUCUGGGUUUAUUGACAAUAAUGAUGAUACUUUUGAUGGCUUUGGGGUUAAUUAUCUCAUUAAUGAAAAUGAAAGGGAAGAGUUUGAAUGGGAGGAGGUAAAUGAGAGAAUUCGAUUUGAUGAGAGCGAGAAUUUGAAUUCUGUGAUUGAUAGAAUUGAGGAAAUCUCAGUUUCCUCAGAUUUUUCGUCCUCAGAUGGUGAAAACCUACAGUUAGGUGAUGGGGGAGGACGAGAAGAGAGGAAUAUUGAGUGGGAAGUGCUCUUAGCUGUGAAUAAUUUGGACAGGCAUUUCGACUUUGAGAGCCAGGAAGAACGUAAUGUUGGGAAUGAAGUUCCCCACCUCGACCUUUCAGAUGAUUAUAUAUUGACAGCGGAAUAUGGUACCCUUUUUGGGCAAUUGGUGGAGAAUGAGAAUGUGAUAAAUGGUAGUCCACCUGCUGCGAAAUCCGUGGUAGAGAAUCUACCUUUAGUGGUGUUGACAAAAGAGGAAGUGGGGGAAAAUAAUGAUUCGGUUGUCUGCACAGUUUGUAAGGACGAGGUUGCGAUUGGGGAGAAGGUGACUCGAAUGCCUUGUUGUCAUCUUUAUCAUGGUGACUGCAUUUUGCCAUGGCUCAAGAUUAGGAAUACUUGCCCAGUUUGUAGGUAUGAGUUGCCUACAGAUGAUGUAGAUUACGAGAAGAGGAAGACUACGAGGAGCGGUGCAGGAAUUGCUUCUCGCUUCGCUGAUGAUCUUCAGGCAAGGUACAAUUUUGAAAUUUUGCCUUGA